AUGGCUGCCUGCCCGCCGCGCGGCCUCUACCGCGACCGGAUCCGGACCGUCGCCGUGACCGGAGCACAGAUAAGAUCCACAUCCACUCUCUCCUCCCACUCUCAGUCCGGUCAAAGCGGAUCCAGCUGCUCCGGCGAUUCCGGUGAUUCCGUUUCCUAUAACAACUCUGGCAGCCCCUCCCAUUCGCCGUCCGCCGUCGCAACGGGUUUCGGCGCCCACGGCCACGAGCUCGCCAUGGUCGCUCGCCAAAUGGUAAGCGACGGUUACACCCAGUGUAUUAUCCAAGCGUUCCAUGUCGCAUCUCCCGCACCAGCAUUUGGAUUCGGUGGCCCGGACCGUGCUCUGGAGGAUUGGUUCUUCGAGCUUGACGUGGACUGGGUUCUUCAAAUCCAUAGCGAGCAUGGCUUAUUUCAGCAGCUUCAGCUCCAGGACAAGUCGUCGGCAUGGCUCCGGCCAGCGUCAUGGCUCCAAGACUUGGUCGAGAGAUGGAUUCGAGCUCUUACCGUAACUGCCUUCAGUGUCCAAGCGAUGGUCAUCACCGCUCACCAGAUGCCGGCGGUCGCACGGUUUGUCAAAGCGAGCAUUGCCAAGAUGCUCAUUUUCGUCGAUGUUAUUGCCCCUGUUCUUAGGGUGGAGAAUUUACGGGCCGUGCUAGACAUGUUUACUUGUGUCUCCAAUGCAUCAUACAUGUUUACGCCGGUCGUGAUCUCUCCGGAAGCCCAAAGCAUAUUCAGCGAGAUAGGCGGCUCGUUGGAGAGACAAGGAGACAGGCUAUAUGAGGUCCUAUCGAGCAUGAUGGAGGAGGUGAGGACACCCAUGGAGGAGGACGACACAUGGGCUAUUGAGAUUCUUCGAGGAGGAGGUGGGGUUCACAGAAACACUCGGUUGAUGGUAGAUUACAUCACAUCCAUGAGGGAAGCAUGUGCAUCGACGCAGAACUGUGCACCGAGCAACAACACCGUAAACCUUGGUGACCUGAUAGAUGACACGAUCGAGUAUCUGGAGGAUCUGCUUCUGAGAAAAUCAGAGCUAUGCUCGGAUCCAAGCCUGAGGUACAUUUUCCUGCUCAACAAUUCCCAUUUCGUAGCACAGGUUUCUGAGCCAUCGGUAUCGCUUUAUCUUGAGCAAUGGUCUGAACUUAACCUUACACCUGAAUGUAAGAAGUUCAUGGAUAGCUAUCUUGAUGUUUCUUGGGGACAUGUCCUAUCCUGCAUACCCAAAUCGAGAUUUCCUGGACCCAUCCAUUGUUGGAUCAACACCUCUUCCCUAACCAAAUUUGAAUCGGCUUUUCGAAAAACUUACCAGGCUCAGAAGUUCUGGAAGGUCCGGGACCCUCGGCUCAGAGAUCUGCUGCGGAGAGCUAUUGCGGAGAGAGUCAUUCCAGGUUACCGCGACUUCCUGGAAGAGCAUCCAGAGCUAGAGAAACACAUUGGCCGCGGAAGCAGCAGUCCUGAGGUUUUCAAGAAGAUGUUGGGAGAGCUAUUUGAAGGAUGA